AUGGGCGAGGUCACGGGGCAAGGCGUCGUUACCGAGGCUUCAGAAGCUCCGGUAUCGGGAAGCGAGGUCACGGGGCAAGGCGUAGUUACCGAGGCUUCCGAAGCACCGGUAUCUGGCAGCGAGGUCACGGGGCAAGGCGUCGUCGUCUCGAUAUCUGGUAGCGAGGUUACUGGGCACGGUGUUGUCUCUGUAUCCGGUAACGAUGUCACGGGGCAAGGCGUGUCUGGUAGUGAAGUCACGGGGCAAGGCGUAUCUGGUAGUGAAGUCACUGGGCACGGCGUAGUCGCGUUGGUGUCUGGUAGGCUCGUCACAGGACAUGGAGUGGUCGCGUUCGACGAGCUGCUGCCAGUGCAGCCAACGGACGGGAACACGCACCCCCACGUAUUGCCGUUCACGAUGCUGCACUCGGCGUUUUCCUGUGCUACACACUGGGAUCCGUCAUAUGAUGGCAGGUACGAGUGGCAGUCAGCCGUAGCCACGUCGCCUUUGAGCGGGCAAGCUGUUCCUGCAGGGGCGUCGCCCGCGCCAGAGCAAAUGGCGCCGCGCGAGUCUGCCAGCUUGUAA